AUGGAGGACAACCUGUGUCACUCGGGAGCACGUCUCUUCACACUCCUGGUCGAAGAUUUUGGGGUCAAGGGAGUGCAGGUUGAAGAGAUUUAUGAUCUGCAGAGCAAAUGCCAAGGCCCUGUGUAUGGGUUCAUCUUCCUGUUCAAGUGGAUUGAGGAGCGCAGAUCGCGCCGGAAGGUCUCUACCCUGGUGGACGAGACAUCAGUGAUCGACGAUGACAUUGUUAAUAACAUGUUCUUUGCUCACCAGCUGAUCCCCAAUUCCUGUGCCACCCAUGCCCUGCUGAGCGUCCUCCUGAACUGCAACAAUGUCGACCUGGGUCCCACGCUGAGCCGCAUGAAGGAUUUCACCAAAGGCUUUAGCCCUGAGAGUAAAGGCUAUGCCAUCGGCAAUGCCCCAGAGCUGGCCAAGGCCCAUAACAGCCAUGCCCGGCCAGAGCCACGGCACCUGCCGGAAAAGCAGAACGGCAUCAGUGCUGUGCGAACCAUGGAGGCUUUUCAUUUUGUCAGUUACGUCCCCAUCAAGGGACGGCUGUUUGAGCUGGAUGGGCUGAAGGUCUAUCCCAUUGACCACGGGCCAUGGGCUGAUGAUGAGGAAUGGACGGACAAAGCCAGGAGAGUAAUCAUGGAGCGCAUCGGCCUGGCCACCGCAGGGGAGCCGUACCACGACAUCCGCUUCAAUCUGAUGGCAGUGGUGCCUGAUCGGAGGAUGAAGUACGAGUCCAAACUGCACAUCCUGAAGAUGAACCGUCAGACUGUGCUGGAGGCCUUGCAGCAGCUGAUCCGAGUAACCCAGCCUGAGCUGAUCCAGACUCAGAAGUCUCAGGAGUCUCAGCCUCCCGAAGAGGCAAAGCCAGCCAUCAGCAAGACCGUGACUCCAGAGAGCACCCAUCCAGAUGGCACCGAUGAGCCCGCCAGCCAGGGCCACCCUGCGGCCACGCAGAGCCCACCCAACAAAUCCAAACCGGUGGCAAAGACGUCGGCGAGCAGUAUCAACGGGGCGCCUCCAGCAAACCCCAACCCCAUCGUGCAGAGGUUGCCAGCCUUCCUGGAUAAUCACAACUACGCCAAGUCCCCCAUGCAGGAGGAGGAAGACCUUGCAGCUGGAGUGGGUCGCAGCCGGGUCCCGGUCCGACAGCACCAGCAGUACUCGGAUGAUGAGGAUGACUACGAUGAUGAUGAGGAGGAGGAAGUUCGUAACACCAACUCGGCCAUCAGGUACAAAAGGAAAGGGCAGGUGAAGCAAGAGCACGGGACGGGGGCUGCGGAUGGCCAGCUCUCCGUCCUCCAGCCCAACACCAUCAACGUCCUGGCCGAGAAGCUGAAGGAAUCUCAAAAGGAUCUUUCCACCCGCCCCUCCAGCCCCGUCACCUCCCACAUCUCCAAGGUGCUCUUCGGCGAGGAGGACGGCCUGCUGCGUGUCGACUGCAUGCGCUACAACCGGGCCGUCAGGGACCUGGGGCCUGUCAUCAGCACGGGGCUGCUGCACCUGACGGAGGACGGCGUGUUCUGCCCGCUGGCUGCUGCAGAUGGGGGGAAAAGCUCCCCCCCUUCCAUCAAACCCGGUGAAGACGCCCCGGUCGCAGUCAAACUGGACGAGAAGGAGGGCAGUGAGGCCAGUGACAGCAAAGAGAAGGUGGGACUUGGCAGGACCAGUGAUCACCCUGGGGGGGAAAAGUAUUCUCCCAAGGAGCUGCUGGCAUUGCUGAAGUGCGUGGAGGCAGAGAUUGCAAACUACGAGGCCUGCCUGAAGGAGGAGGUGGAGAAGAGGAAGAAAUUCAAGAUCGAUGACCAGAGGAGAACCCACAACUACGACGAGUUCAUCUGUACCUUCAUCUCCAUGCUGGCCCAGGAAGGCAUGCUGGCGAGCCUCGUGGAGCAGAACAUCUCUGUCCGCAGGCGGCAGGGUGUCAGCAUCGGCCGCCUGCACAAGCAGAGGAAGCCGGAUCGCCGGAAACGCUCUCGCCCCUACAAAGCCAAGCGGCAGUAGCCCGGGAGUCAAGAGACUGAGAAGCAGCAGCUGGGCUUUGGGCAGUGGCACUUGGAUCUAUGUUACCCUUUGCCCAGGGACGAGGGACCACAGUGACAAGCCCUUGGCCGAGGUGGAGCCUGGGGACAAAGGGAAAUCAGGUUUUCCUCUGAGCCCGUAAGGCAGCGAG